AUGGAGAAAGAUUCUAUUGAACCUAAGGCGGAGCCUAUGGUGUCCGACCCUCCCCCAAUCUAUGGUGAAACAGAGACUACCAAAGGAAGCAUGAGUCAGCGGAUAUGGGACAGCUUCAAGAGGGACCCUAACGCGCAUGUUACGGCGCACACCUCUGGAUCGAAUGGCGGGACCUUUGACCUCGAACAGGCUGCGCAGAAGACCGCAAGCUCUCCUCUGCAACGCAGUCUGAAGAAUCGUCAUCUGCAGAUGAUUGCCAUUGGUGGUUCCAUUGGUACUGGUCUCUUCGUCGGUUCUGGAAAGGUUUUAUCCACCGGUGGUCCGGCGUCUGUGCUGAUCGCUUAUGCCUUGAUCGGUUGCAUGCUUUACUGCACUGUGCAUGCGCUGGGUGAAAUGGCCGUGCUGUUUCCCGUCGCUGGUUCUUUCGCGCACUACUCAACCCGUUUUAUCGAUCCUGCUUGGGGUUUCGCUAUGGGCUGGAACUAUGCUCUCCAAUGGCUGAUCGUCUUGCCCCUGGAAAUUGUCGCUGCGUCUAUCACAGUUGAUUACUGGGAGUCGAGCAUCUCGAAUGCCGCUUGGGUCGCCAUAUUCUGGGCUGUCAUCGUGUCAAUCAACCUGUUCGGUGUCAAGGGUUAUGGUGAAGCCGAAUUUGUCUUCUCGCUUGUCAAGGUCAUCGCGGUUAUUGGUUUCAUUAUACUUGGUAUUAUUCUGAACUGCGGUGGAGGCCCCAAGGGUGGCUAUAUCGGUGGAAAGUACUGGCACUCGCCGGGUGCUUUCAACAAUGGUUUCAAAGGUCUCUGCAGCGUCUUCGUCAACGCUGCAUUUGCGUUCGCUGGUACUGAGCUGGUCGGUCUCGCUGCGGCUGAGACUGCGAAUCCUCGCAAGUCCCUUCCAACUGCCGUCAAGCAGGUUUUCUGGCGUAUCUGUCUGUUCUACAUCGUCUCGCUCACUCUGGUUGGCCUGCUCGUUCCGUUCGACGACAAACGGCUUUUGGGCGAGUCGAGCGCGGAUGCCAAAGCUUCCCCGUUCGUCAUUGCGAUCAAGAAUGCCGGAAUUUCGGGUCUUGACUCCGUUAUGAACGUCGUCAUCAUGAUUGCUGUCUUGUCCGUUGGUAACUCCUCGGUUUACGGCUCCUCGCGUACCCUCGCGGCUCUGGCCGAGCAGAGGCAAGCACCUCAAUUCCUCGCAUACAUCGAUCGUAAGGGACGUCCUCUUUUUGCCAUUCUUGUCGCAUCGGCCUUGGGCUUGCUCGGAUUCCUUGCCGCAUCUAGCAAGCAGGGUGAAGCGUUCAUGUGGAUGAUGGCUAUCUCGGGUCUUUCGUCCAUCUUCACCUGGGGCUCUGUUUGUUUCGCCCACAUCCGCUUCCGUAAAGCCUGGAAGGUGCAGGGCCACAGCUUGAACGAGCUCGCUUUCCAAUCUCAGGCGGGUCUUGUCGGCUCCUGGAUCGGGUUUAUCUUCAAUUGUCUUGUGCUGGUUGCCCAGUUCUGGGUCGGCUUUGCACCUAUUGGUUACAGCGAAAUGACUUCAGGCGCGCUGGUUGAGGCCUGGUUUUCCGUCUACCUGGCCGCGCCUGUUGUUCUUGUUUUCUACAUCGCCUACAAGAUCUAUUACAAGACGCCCUUCCUGCGUGCUAAAGACAUGGACUUGCACACUGGUCGUCGGGAGUUGGAUAUCCAGCAUCUGAUUGAGGAGGAACGUGCUGAACAGGCCGCUUGGCCUGUAUGGAAGAAGGUUUAUAAAACCUUCUGCUAG